AUGAUAAUAACUUUUUCGGUUCACAAUAUUCCUACACCUUCACAAGAACCUAGUUUUCAACCCUUCGUUGAUAGUAAUACGUGUUUUGAAAAGUUCUCAACAAGCCCUGUCGCACGCGACGGCAAUAGCAGGAUUAAUUGUAAUAUCAUUGAUCUUGGAGUUACUUUGGUAAUGGGUGGAACUACUUACAAUUUGCAAGUUGCAUUGGCCUUUUCAGGUUUACUUUGGCUUGAAAAUCACGUGCUGUUACCUUUGCCGCGUCA